AAUAAAUAAAUUUUCUACAAUAAACAUUAAAUAAAACAAUAAAACUAAGUCAUCAUCUGUCACAUGACAAGAGAAUUAGUUGGCAUAACCUCGAAAAAAAUUUUAAAAUAAAUAAACAAACAUGGAAUUAAUGUCGAAUUAUUUAGAAAGUUAUGAAGGUAGAGAUAAAUUAUUAAGAGUAUUAUCUUACGCAGCAAAAUUAGCAACAGUGAUCCCGCGAUCUGAGGAAAAUAAAAAAAAGUUUAAAAUAUUUGGAAGCCAGAUGAGUAAUUGCCGAGUUAUCCUUCGGCUACUUGAUGACAUUCCUACACUCAAUUAUGCUUUGACAUAUAAUUGGACGAACAAAGCAGCUGAUUCGUACAUCAAAUGGCUGGAGAUGAUAGAAAUUAUAGUGGAUGUAAUUUACUCUCCUAUCGAGACCCUCUGCUGGGCUGGAGAACAUCAGUUGGUUAAUGUAGACGUUGACAAAUGGGAUACUCUGUCCACGUGGUUCUGGAUCACCUCUCUGUAUAUUUCUUUGAUGAAGUCCUUGCGAAAAUAUAAACUCCUAUUGAAGCAAAGAGAGAUGAGUUUGAAGAAUAAAUGUGGUAAUAAAGACGAGGAAAAAGCUUUAAGGCAUAAAAUGUACAAUGAAACAUUAGUUUGUGUCCGUAUGCUGCUAGACAUGAGUUAUGCAGUGAGUUAUCUUCCUAAUGGUACUCUCUGGGGCGGCAAACUGUCUACUUGGCAAGUUGGAGCACUUGGAACUGUAUCAUCACUCAUAGGACUCUAUCAAUCACUUAUAAAACGUGCCAAUUAAAGUAUCAGAUUAAUAUCAAAUAUUUACAGUAUUUUUUUUACUGAAAUAAAAUAAUUUUUUUCAAUUAUUUUAAUAAUAAUAAUUAUUAAACUUUUAAGAGAACAUUUAUUUAUUGUCAUGAAUAAAACAUUGUAACGAUUACA